UCAACUACAUAAUGGCAACAUAUAACAACCCAACACCAAACCUUCCCUCUUCCUACUUUAAAACCUUUCUCGCUAUUGCUCUACUUUUACAUACACAGAGUCUAAGAAAGAGAGUGAGAGAGAUGGUAAACCUUGUUGCAGCUCAGAGGCCCUUAUUGCAUGGGCUAAUGAAAAUGGCAGGGGUGAAACCCCAUCCAGUAGAGAUUGAGCCAGGCACUGUGAUGAACUUUUGGGUUCCGGUUGAAACUAUUGAGAAACAGAAAUCCCAAAAAGGUGAAAAGACUAACACUCAAACCUUAACUAAACCAAGCAAACCAGUAGUAGUUUUAGUCCAUGGCUUUGCUGCAGAGGGUAUAGUCACUUGGCAAUUUCAAGUUGGUGCCUUGACCAAGAAAUUCUCCGUUUAUAUCCCUGACCUUCUCUUCUUCGGCGGCUCCAUCACCGAUAAAACCGAGCGAUCACCGACGUUUCAAGCAGAAACGUUGGUGAAGGGUCUAAAGAAGGUAGGAGUGGACAAGUGUACAGUGGUGGGUUUUAGCUACGGCGGUAUGGUGGCAUUUAAGAUGGCUGAGUUGUACCCAGAGUUGGUUGAAGCCAUGGUGGUGUCUGGGUCGAUCUUGGCCAUGACAGACUCCAUCAGCAAAUCAACAUUGAGUAGUCUUGGGUUUAAAUCUUCGUCAGAGCUUUUGUUGCCUAGUUCUGCUAAGGGUCUUAAAGCUUUACUUUCUGUCGCCGUUUACAAGAAACUCUGGUUCCCAAAUCGCCUUCACAAAGACUUCCUAGAGGUCAUGUUCGCCAACAGGAAAGAGAGAGCUGAACUGCUAGAGGGAUUAGUCAUCAGCAACAAAGACGCCACCAUCCCCACCUUUCCUCAGAAGAUACUUCUCUUAUGGGGUGAGGAUGACCAAAUCUUCAAGCUCGAACUCGCACAGAACAUGAAAGAGCAACUGGGAGAAAAUGCAGCAUUUCAGGGCAUAAAGAAGGCAGGUCACUUGGUUCACCUGGAACGACCAUGCGUCUACAAUCGUCAUCUCAAGCGAUUCCUUGCUUCCCUGCAAGGUGUUGAACUACAGAAGUGAAAAUCUGCCUUGCAUCUGUCAACAUACCCUCCUUUUAUUUGCACUCUGCAACAUCUUUGCCACCAGAAACAACACUAUUAAAUGUAUUGAAUUUCUUUA